GGCUCCUCUCACGGCGGCGUCCCUGAGGGGAGCUCCAUUGUCUGUGAGGGGAUGGCCGCGGCACCCCCCGCCGCCGCGCCCCCUCCGCGCCCCCUCCGCGCCGAGGUGCGCGGGGCGCCGGGCCGCCGCGGCGGGUGGCUGCCUCGUCUCCCCCAAAGUUUUUGGAUCCGCGUCUCCUCAUGAUGUAUGGAUGAUAUAUUGCAUUGUGGGUGUCAAUAUAACUGACGGCCAUAUUUGCCGGUGCUGCUACUGCUGUAAACAACCCAAAGUGUCUGGGAGACACGGAGACGCUUCACUGAAUUUCAGGACGCUUCUCCUCCUCCCGCUGGCCAUGUCUCUGGGAAUGUCUUACAAGCCCAACUUGAACGCCCACAUCCCCGGGACUCCCCUCAACCCGGCUGGGAGUGUUCACUCUCCCUCCACAAGUAUGGCAACAUCUGCGCAAUAUAGACAGCUUAUAAAUGACUACGGACCCCCAUCUCUAGGCUAUACACAAGGGAUGCAGGGUACCAGCAGCAGUCAAGUACCGCAAAGCAAAUAUGCAGAACUUCUAGCUAUCAUAGAAGAAUUAGGAAAAGAGAUUAGACCCACGUACGCUGGGAGUAAAAGUGCGAUGGAGAGGCUAAAAAGAGGCAUUAUUCAUGCUAGAGGAUUAGUUCGGGAAUGCUUGGCUGAGACGGAACGAAAUGCAAGAUCCUAGCCCACUAAUUCAGUUGGAAGAUUUUCCAUCUCUUAAUGAAGAAAAAGUAACACUUAGUCCUUUUGACUCUUGAAACAUUCAGACAAAUUCCUUUAUUUUGAAUGUUUUACCUUUCUUGUUUUGCCCUUACAAAAAUGUAUAGUUAAGAAUGAGAAAACAAGGGUUUUUCAACUUACUGAGAGUUUGCAUUUUGUAAAGACAUUAAAACUCCCUAAAAUGUUUCUAAAACAAGAAAACUGAACUGCAUGCAGAGGAAUGCUCUUUCUCUCCCAGGCUAUAUUUCAGUUCUCUUCUUAUCCAGCCACAGUCUCAUUCUGUUUUUUUUUCCUUUGACUAUAUUCACUUAACCCCAAACUGUCAAUCUUUCAAAGUUUGACAUAAGCUCUAAGGAUUUUUUUUAAUAAAUGCAGAAUAGCAUGCUGUACCUAGUAGUCUGCUAAGUCACAAUUUGUCAUACAGCAUAGACCCUGCUUAGAAAUAACCUUCCCCUUCUCUUUUUUUUCCUUUUUUGUUUGUUUUGCAUAAACAAUUGCAUGACUGCUAGUGCUUUGAAGUCCACUUAAAGUGCAUGAGUUAUAUGGAAAACAGGGAAACCUAUUGAAUAAUAACAAGGUCCUGGAAAGCUAAGUUCUACAUUAAGGCUGGAGAUUUCAGUUUAAAGUUUGCCAAAAAAAGAGAAUUCUGGAUAAAUUACUAAAACUGUUAUUUGCAUCUUUGUAUGUAUUUAUUACUUGACGUAAUAAAGCUUAUUUUCAUUAA